CUCCGCUCCAAGUGGCACCGAAGCGACAAGCCCCCUUGUGUGGACACCGUGUACCGGAGUCGAUGCACCUGUGAGACGAACGUUCAAAACAGCCCCCAAAACCGCCAGGUGGUCACCUGCAACCAGGAUUUCACAAUAUAGCAAACGAACAGCUCUCUGGGGACCUAAAACUGGAUUUACCAUUUUGAUGCUCUUGCUGGGUCUGAUUGACGGAGCCGCUGUAUGUGCCCUGCGAUUUGCUGGUGACCAGUUCUUGGCCGAAGGUAGCUGGGAUAGACUCCAGCACGCCUGCGACCCCAGUGAGGAUAAGCGUAAUGGAGCAAAGAGAGACGAGCAGAUCCCACGUCUGCUUAAUUUCCCAGUGUGCAACAUGAAGGAGAAAGAUCUGCUUAACAGUAUAUCCAGAGGAUUUGUUUCCAGCAGAACCUUGGACCAUGAGUCUUGAAGACAUAUGCACGGAAGUGUAAAAGAAAAACAAAGCAAAUAAAAAACAACUAUCUAUAAGUCACCUCCUAUGCCUGUGUGGACCCUCAGGAGGGAAGCAAAGACCAAUGCCUGCCAGCUACUCGACAAUUACCUUAUGUGAUCAGCCUCAAGACUGUUAACCGCAACGACUGUUAUCCAUUUACUGCCCUUGUCACUUUAGAUACAUAUUUUUUCUAUAGCGAGCUCUAAAAAAAUAUGAAUUAGUCUAACCAGACUGAAUUCCAAUCAAAUAUCCUGUUGGAUUAAUAUAUUUUUUUCAAGUAUGGAUCUCAUAAGUUUUUAUAUCAAGCUGCAGAUGUUCCUCAGCACAUGUAUGGGCCUGCAAUUUUUAGGCACACCAGGUCAGUGGGCUCGUUACCUCCGCUGGGAUGCCAGUAUCCGUGGUGAUCUCAGCUUCCAGUUUAAGACAGAUUUCUCAGAGGCACUGCUGCUGUACUUUGACGAUGGAGGCUACUGUGACUUUCUGCAGCUGUCUGUGGUUGAGGGUCUUCUUCAGCUGCGUUUUAGCAUUGACUGUGCUGAAACUACAGUUGUGUCUGACAGAAGGGUGGAUGACAACAACUGGCACUUUGCAAUUCUAAGCAGGUAUAACUUGCGCACUGUUCUGGCACUGGACGGAAAGGCCAAAGCAGAUGAGGUGCGGCCUCAGCGCCAGUACAUGAAAAUUGUGAGUGACCUGUUCCUGGGUGGAGUGCCUCAGGAUAUCCGCAGUGGUGCGCUCACACUGCCUACAGUGCGAAACAUGCAGCCCUUCAAGGGCACAAUCACAGACCUGAAAUAUGGCAAGUCACAGCCUCUGUUUCUGGGAAGUCUCAAAGUACUCCUGGAGUCUGAGGGGUGGUGCACCGUGAACCCAUGUGAGAAUGGCGGAAAAUGCACAGCGGUGGACGGACAACCAGUCUGCGAUUGCUCCAAAACAGAAUACAAGGGCCGCUUCUGCACAGAAGAGGUCAGCAGCAAAACAUCAGGCCUUGCACACAUGAUGGCAGAACAAGCGAGGGAAGAGAAUGUGGCCACAUUCCGUGGUUCAGAAUACUUCUGCUACGACCUCUCACAGAACCCAAUCCAGAGCAGCAGUGAUGAGAUCACACUCUCCUUCAAGACAUGGCAGCGCAAUGGCCUUAUACUUCACACUGGCAAAUCGGCUGACUAUGUCAACUUGGCGCUGAAGGAUGGUGCCGUCUCGCUCGUGAUAAACCUGGGCUCUGGAGCCUUUGAAGCAAUUGUUGAGCCAGUCAAUGGAAAGUUCAAUGACAACUCGUGGCAUGAUGUCAAAGUGACUCGCAACCUACGGCAGGUGACAAUAUCAGUGGAUGGAAUUUUGACCACCACGGGUUACACCCAGGAGGACUACACCAUGCUUGGCUCAGAUGACUUUUUCUAUGUUGGUGGAAGCCCCAGCACUGCUGACCUCCCUGGAUCUCCUGUGAGCAACAACUUCAUGGGCUGUCUCAAGGAGGUGGUGUACAAGAACAAUGACAUCCGCCUUGAGUUGUCUCGACUUGCUCGGAUCGUUGACCCCAAGAUGAAGAUUCAGGGCGAGGUGUCCUACAAGUGUGAAAAUGUGGCCACGCUGGACCCCAUUUCUUUUGAGACUCCAGAGGCCUAUAUCAGCUUACCCAAGUGGAAUACCAAGCGGAUGGGAUCCAUCUCUUUUGAUUUUCGCACUACAGAGCCUAAUGGCCUCAUCCUCUUCACCCAUGGCAAACCACAAGAGCGCAAAGAUGCAGCCCGUAGCCAGAAGAACACAAAGGUGGAUUUCUUUGCUGUUGAGCUGCUGGAUGGAAGUUUGUACCUGCUGUUGGACAUGGGCUCAGGGACAAUAAAGGUGAAGGCCACUCAAACAAAGGUCAAUGACGGCGCCUGGUAUCAUGUGGACAUCCAGAGAGAUGGCCGCUCAGGCACCAUCUCUGUAAACAGCAGAAGGACACCAUUCACAGCAAGUGGUGAGAGUGAAAUCCUAGACCUGGAAGGCGAUAUGUACUUGGGGGGUCUUCCCACUGAUCGCACGAACCUAAUUUUGCCGACUGAGCUCUGGACAGCAAUGCUUAACUAUGGCUACGUAGGCUGCAUCCGUGAUCUCUUCAUUGAUGGUCGAAGCAAAGACAUCCGUCAGAUUGCUGAAGCACAAAAUGGUGCCGGGAUUAAGCCCUCCUGCAACAAGCAACCUGGCAAACAGUGUGAGAGUUACCCCUGCAAGAACCGAGGUGCCUGCAAAGAAGGCUGGAAUCGAUUUAUCUGUGACUGCACCGGCACUGGUUAUUGGUCCCGCACUUGUGAGAGAGAGGCUUCGAUCCUUUCCUAUGAUGGGAGCAUGUAUAUGAAAGUUGUGAUGCCAACCGUCAUGCACACUGAAGCAGAGGAUGUCUCCCUACGUUUUCGCUCGCAGAGGGCUUAUGGUAUCCUAAUGGCCACCACUUCCCGAGACUCAGCCGACACGCUCAGGCUCGAAUUGGAUGGAGGCCGCGUCAAACUCACGGUCAAUCUAGACUGUAUCAGGAUAAACUGUAACUCCAGCAAAGGACCGGAGAUGCUGUAUGCUGGGCAAAAGCUCAAUGAUAAUGAAUGGCAUACAGUACGUGUGGUGCGUCGCGGCAAAACCUACAAGCUAAUCGUUGAUGAUGAUGUAGCAGAAGGCCAAAUGGUGGGUGACCACACACGUCUGGAGUUCCACAACAUUGAAACAGGCGUCAUGACAGAGCGCAGAUUUGUUUCAAGCAUCCCAUCCAGCUUCAUUGGUCAUCUGCAGAGCCUCAGAUUCAAUGGCAUGCUCUACAUUGACCUGUGCAAAAAUGGUGACAUUGAUUUUUGCGAGCUUAAUGCCCGCUUUGGGAUACGUUCCAUUAUUGCUGACCCAGUCACCUUUAAAUCCAAGAGUAGCUAUCUAAGCCUGGCCACCCUACAGGCCUACACGUCCAUGCACCUCUUCUUCCAGUUCAAGACCACCUCCCCCGAUGGCUUCAUCCUAUUCAACUCAGGAGAUGGCAGUGAUUUUAUUGCUGUAGAGCUGGUGAAAGGAUAUAUCCAUUAUGUUUUUGAUUUGGGAAAUGGACCUAAUCUGAUCAAGGGGAAAAGUGAAAGGGCCCUUAAUGACAACCAAUGGCACAAUGUGGCGAUCACCCGAGACAACAGCAACACCCAUACGUUGAAAGUAGACGCUACAGUGACAAGUCAGAGCAUAAAUGGGGCCAAGAACUUGGACCUGAAAGGUGACCUUUUCAUUGCUGGACUGGGUCCUGGGAUGUAUGGUAGUCUGCCUAAACUAGUAGCUUCCAGAGAGGGUUUCCAAGGCUGCUUGGCUUCUGUGGACCUAAACGGGCGUCUGCCAGACCUCAUCAGUGACGCUUUGUUUCGUAGUGGGCAGAUUGAGCGUGGAUGUGAAGGUCCCAGCACCACCUGUCAGGAGGACUCCUGUGCCAACAUGGGUAUUUGCAUCCAGCAGUGGGAGAACUACACGUGUGACUGCUCCAUGACCUCCUACACUGGGACACAAUGCAAUGAUCCUGGGACCACAUACAUUUUUGGCAAAGGAGGAGGUCUCAUAACAUUCAAGUGGCCAGCCAAUGAGAGACCGAGCACCAGGACGGACCGGCUGACCGUUGGCUUUAGUACGUCGCUCAAAGACGGCAUCCUUGUCAGGAUCGACAGCGCUCCUGGUCUUGGGGACUACCUCAUGCUGCACAUACAACAAGGCAAAAUUGGUGUGACUUUCAACAUUGGGACAGUGGAUAUCAGUGUACAGGAGAGCAGUACCCCAGUGAAUGAUGGGAAGUAUCACGUGGUCCGCUUCACCAGGAAUGGUGGUAAUGCAACGCUGCAAGUUGAUAACUGGUCCAUCAAUGAACACUUCCCGACAGCGAACAGUGACAUUGAACGGUAUCAAGUGGCCAAUAAGAAAAUUCCUUUCAAAUACACCAGGCCAGUAGAAGAAUGGCUACAAGAAAAAGGACGACAAUUAACCAUAUUCAAUACUCAAGCCACAGUUGCGAUUGGAGGAAGUGAUCGUGGACGGCCAUUUCAGGGUCAGCUGUCUGGUCUUUAUUACAAUGGCCUUAAGGUGUUGAACAUGGCCGCUGAGAGCAACCCAAACAUCAAGAUAAAUGGGAGCGUGAGGCUGGUUGGUGAUGUCCCCAGUGGGGCAGGCUCGACCAAGUCCACUGCCAUGCCUUCAGAUGUGUCCACAACCUUUGUUGAGACUACUACCAUGAUGUCCACCACCACCACACGGAAACACAGAUCCUCUUCAACGCAUGCAUCAGAUGACAUUGUGUCAUCUGCGGAGUGUUCCAGUGAUGAUGAAGACCUCGAGGAGUGUGAAACUGGUCAUCCAGGUGGGCUAGCACUUCCCACAGAACCAGGCGUCAGGCCGGGGCCUUCAGAAGUAGUCCGGGAAUCAAGCAGCACCACCGGGAUGGUCAUCGGAAUAGUGGCGGCCGCUGCCCUGUGCAUCCUCAUCCUUCUUUAUGCCAUGUAUAAAUACAGGAACAGGGAUGAAGGCUCCUACCAGGUGGAUGAGAGCAGGAACUAUAUCACCAACUCAGCACAGAGCAAUGGUACUGUCAUCAAGGACAAACAGCAAAGUUUGAAAGGCAGCAAUAAAAAGCAGAAAAAUACGGAUAAGGAGUAUUACGUGUGACUGAGAUUUGAGAACAAAAAGAAAAAGACAGCGCUUCAAGUACAUAUUACUUUGCUUGUGAGAAGAAACGACAAAUGAUGGUAUUAAAUGGAACUUGAAUGAUCCUUUACUGUGCUGAGUAGCUGAACUGAUGACAUGUACUAUAAUAUAAAGCACACUUACUUCUGUAAGCAUACAGAGAAGGCUUAAUAGCAACUUUAGAGACCUUACUAUUCUAUCUGGUCAGAGACGUUAUCAGAAUAGGAAUAUUUCCCAGCUACAUCAUUCUCCUAAGUGACUUUUAGAGCAAUGUGAUCUGUGACAUUAAGACAAAAAAUACAUUAUUUUGUAUGUUACAAAAAGGCUAAUAGGCUUGACCAUUAUCAGCAUGUAAGCAACUUGUAGUGCUUAACAAGAAGGGGUCAAAGCAAUCGAUCGUUGUUCCAGUACAAAAAAAAGGACUUGUUGUAUCAGAAUAUGACAAAUUUGUAUGGUUUCUAAAUAAUAAUAGUGUGGUGUCCUAUUUAUUUUUGCUUUGAGCAAAAGAAAAAUGGAGGUAAAAACAAUAAGUAAACAGCUAUUUCUGUGUGUAAAAUUAAAUCAAGUGAGCAAAUGGACAGCACUCACUGAAACUGUUCUCAUUGAAAUCGUAUUUAGUACAAUUAUUCUGAUUGUCUGACACAUUUUGUUUAAAGUUGUGGGGCUUCUCUCAGAAAAAAAGCGAAUGAUUGUAAAAUGCAUGUCAUCCUAACUUACAGUAUAAUAGUAAAGUCUACAGGCUUCAACUCGGACAAUAUUCUAUUUGAUGCAAAAUGAUUCUUAAUUCGACAGAACUAAACCCUCCCACUUUGGGACACCCCAAAAUAUUAGCUAUGGAAAAAAAUAGCUCUUUAAGCAGUCUGCUAUUCCUGCACAGCAAGUGGUGUUCUGAUCUUUUUGCAAAACUGUAUGUUAAUGUGUUGCCUAUCGUUCUCUUUUUCUAUGGAAGUGUCAGGAGAAACACAAAUGCAGUACUAAAACAUUGUUAACACGUGUAUACAGAAAUAAAUUUAAUGGUCAAAGUGUGAGUUCUAAUCUAUUGUCACACUCAACUGUGUCAAAAAAAAAAAAAAAGUUUACAUAUUUUAUUACAUUCUAGCUGUUGUACUUUGUAGGUAGUAAAUUGUACAUAUACCAUAUGACAGUUGUCAUUUUUAGUACCUCUAUUGUACAGACUGAACACAAAUAUCAGCAUAUUUCAUGACAAAGUCUAUAAACUGUUAAUUUACACUGAGAAAAAUAAUGUGGAGAAUAAUAUUGAUAUUUCAUAAGAAAUAAAAGUUGUAUUGUUAGCCUAGCGCUCUAACAAGAGAUGUUUCUAAAGUGGCAUGAAUAUUUAUCUACUUGCAGUGUUCAACAAGAUAAGGUGCCCUUCCUUCUGUAUCACUGCUAUACUGUUUUGGGUUCCAAAAGUGUCAUUCAUUUUGAAAGAAAAUAAAGUCAGGAAUAUGACAAAUCAGAUGAAGGUUUUAAUGUGAAUGGGCUUCAAUGUUUCAUUC